AUGACUGAACCAAGCCACUCGUCAACAUUCGAGAAGGCAAUCGCCGUGAACCCAAUUGGGGAUAAUACUUACUCGGCAUAUCUCGACCCUUCAUGGUCUGUUGGGAAAGUCCCACAUGGAGGCUACACAGCCAGUGUGCUAUACCGGACAGCCGCGACACAUUUCACUCAACUAGCCACUACCAAAAAUAGAUGGGGCGCUCGUUCUCCCGAGCCCAUUGCGUUACAGAUUACUUUUCAGCGCAGGACAUUUGCCGGACCUGCUAUAUUGAAGGCCCAGGAAAUCAAGUUGGGUGCGAGGAUUAGCACGAUUCAAGUUACGCUUUUUCAGGCGCGGGAUGAGCGCGCUGCUACAGCUGGAUCUAAAACCAAUGCGCCGGAGAAGAGUGAGCUCGAGGAGAAAGUUUUCGCAUUUAUAACUCUGGCUCCGCCGGUUACCGAGGAAGGCCCAGCUGUCAAGGGACCGUGGGGUAAUCAUCUCUCGCCGGCUCCGGCACCAGGGUCGUUGUCGGGCGGCUCCAUCGAUUUUAAAGCACUAGCGGAGAAUGGGAUGGAUGGAGAUUGGAAAUCAGGUCCUCACGCACCUCCUGCUAUUCAUGCGGCGCAACAUCUCAAGGUAUAUAGUCCAUCCUCGACAUUGUUGCCGAAGACGGUCGAAGAGCGUGCUACGCAAGUGGUUGAUCAGUGGGUUCAGUUCACGCCUGGUGGAACACCCGCACGAUGGUCGAAUGAAGCGGUAUCUUAUCUUGCAGAUUCAUUUCUUGCGGGACUGGAUCGAAUAGGCGCGAUGGAGGAAACGAGACUUGUUGCUACGGGUGAGAGCGCGGGUCCUUCCCGAGACGGUAAUGCUGUCAGGCUUACAACGAACCUGGGACUGGGGAAAUUUUGGUAUCCGACUGUGACGAUGAAUAUCGAUUUGAAGACCCGACUUCCUCCUCAAGGUGUGGAAUGGUUACAUUCGCGCGUUAUGACGAGGAUGGUUCGCGGGAGUCGGGCGGACUUGGAGGUGCUUAUCUUUGAUCAAGAGGGUGAGCUAGUUGCUACGAGUACGCAAAUCGCGUUGGCAGUUGAUCCGACGAGGAAUACAAAGGGGAGGUUGGAUGGGGGAAAGCUGUGA